UACUUCUCCCCUUCUUUCACUAUGUCUUUGUCUUUCUCACAAGGUUAACCUCACCAUGGCGGACUAGCAUUUUUACAACACUUAUAAUGUACCGACACUACCUCGCAACACCUUUACGAAGGGCUUUUAAUGUAGCCUUUCGGCAGCAAAUUCGUUUCUUUGAUGAUGAAUUAGCUUACAUGCCAUCAAGUCUUAGCAUGCUUAACAAAGAAGAAGAUUCUGGAAUUAUGGUGGAAGCGUACAGUCCUUAUGGUUUCAAACUAAACAACAAUAUCCGCAUAUUUGGACCCUGCGCCUUAUUUCCACGUUCUAUUUUGCAUUGGAAUGUGCAAGGUCCUGAAGAUAUCAGUGAAGAUUCUUUAUCAUUGUUCUGUCUGCUGGAACCUAAACCAGAUAUUCUUCUUCUUGGUGUUGGAAGUGACACUUCAAAAUUUGACAAAAAGUUGAUUCGUUACCUGCGUUCAAAAAACAUAAGUGUUGAAAUUCUCACAACGGACCAUGCUUGUUCCACAUUUAACUUUCUCAAUGCUGAACGUCGGUUUGUGGCUGCAGGAUUGAUACCGCCAAAUUUUGAAUCUGAUGAGAGCCAAGGUCUUGCUGUAAAGGCUGAAGGGAUAAGCAACAGUGCAUUCAUGUUUCAAACUGGAAUUUUUGAAGCUCCAAAAGUACCUGAAGAAGUAAAAAAUAUUCAAAAAGAACUGCUUGGAGAAGAUAAUGAAAAUUUGUGGGAUUUGUUUCGCAAGAAAUACCGAAAUGAUAGUAAUAAAGAGGAAAGUGAGAAACAUGAUGAGAAAGAAUAUCUAAAAAAGGACCCUUUAAAUCAAGAUAAAACUGAGGAUGAGAAAAAGUGAUUAAAUUAUUUGGUAUUAAAAGUAUAGGGAAACAAAAAAA